CCCACCCGUCGCCCCCCUCACAGCCAAAGACCCCCAGCGAGGAGGCAGCGCCCUCAUAUCACCCGGCGGAGAGAGCCGUAGCAGAAGGCCCUCAGAGGCGGAACGGGGCCGCUAGCCCCGCCCUGCCCGGUCACGCGGCCCCGGGGCGGCGGUAAAGAGGCGAGAUCAAGGGGCGCCAGCCGCGCCCCUCGCCGAAAAGGCUUCUGGGAGUUUUAGUUCGGCUGCAGAAGGCGGGAACUGCCAUCGCCAGAGAAGAGUCGGCUCCAGCCUAUCAGUGAAGGAGGAACGGGGAGCGUCUUCGUAGGCUGCUUCUAUUGGGCAUCAGGGCUGGAAGCUAGAGCCAAUCAGAAGCGAGAGAGUGGGUACAGGGCGGGACAAAGAAGGCGAUGGCGUCGCCAUAGGAACUCAAGACGCCGUUCGGCCGGACGGGGUCUGUUGCGGUCGCACAGAACUUCAAACUAUGAGUCAGGCAAGUGAAGAAAGUUCCAGUGACACAGGAUUGGACAUCGAGGACCAACCUGUCUGUGCUCUAUCUCCAACAGUUCAUAGCCGAGAUGAGGGAUCCACUGAUGUAACAGCAAGUCCUGCAUUCCAGUUUUUGGAUGAGCUGUUUUCUACUGGAAAAAUCACAGGCACCAGAGUAAAUGAGCUGAAAGAAAAGUACACCCUGCUGCAUAAGACUGUGAUAAGUUUACAGGAAUCUGAGAUCCAGCUGUUGCAGGAAGCCAAACGUCUUACUGUAGAACUGGAACAGCAGCAACAUGAACUGGAAAAAGCAGAACAGUUCCCUGAAGAAUCCUCCAGUGAAGUUUCCCAAAUAAGGCAACAACUUCUUGGUUGCCAAAAUGAAUACAAGGCCAUUAAAGACCGAGAGUAUGAGAUUCAGUUCCGAAUGGAAUGUUUACAAGAAGAAAAAAACAUCCUGGAAAAUGAAUAUGAAAGAAUUCCAAGACAAAGAGAAAUAGAAAAGAAAAUGAAACAGUUGAAAGGGGAUUGUGAUGAGCUCUGCAAAGAAGUAAUCCAAAAGAAAGCAGAAAUUAAUGCAAUUAAGGAAGAUGUUUCAUCCAAGCAAAAGCUGAUGUUAGCAGAUGAGAACGAAAAGGACCAGCUCUUGGAGAAGCAGGCUUCUUUAAAAAGUGAGCUAGUUAAGAUCCUUGGUAUUCCAACACAACUCAGAAAAGAGACUCAGAAGCUAAAUCGGAAAAAAAGGGAUGCAGAGAAGCAGAAAGAAGCCCUCAAUCACCAAAUAGGUGAGCUGAAAGCUACUCUGAAAGACAUUGAAAAAAAGAGUGAAGAGAUUUUUCAAGAAAGAGAAGAUGUAAUGAAAGAAUUGCAUGAGAAACAAAUUUUGCUGGAAAGCAAAGAACAAGAAUGCAUUGCUUUGACAAAGUCCCUAGAAAUCAGCAGAGAGAAGGAAUCAGCAGUCCUAUUAGACAGAGCAGCUCUGGAAGAUACUUUAAAAACACGUGUCUUGGAGAUAAAAAAGCAGCAUGAUAUUUACUUUCACAAGCAAAUGCAGAGAGAUAAAGAACUGAGAAAUUUAAAAAAGAUGGCAUUACAACUGAAUGUGAUUUAUGAUUCCUUGAAAGAAGAUAAGUCACAGCUUGAAAGACUAAAGUUAGAGGCAGAAACUCUAUGUGAAAGUAAUGGAGUGUUGGUGGAAAGACGCCGAGAGCUGCAGAAAGAAAUGGAAGUGACCAAGAGACAGUUAGCUGAGCAGGAAACCAUGUCAGAUAUGGAUGCCCGGGUGUUAGAAGAAUGUAUUGCUGAAGAGGGUCAGCUUUUCCAAGAGCAGGAAAAACACAGACGUGAGCUAUCAAGACUUGUACAUCUAACCCAGCUCAGAGUUGAAGAGCGGGAACAGAAAUCCAGGGAUGUUCAGAAAGCCCAGGUGCAACUCCAAAACAUUAUUAAAGAAAUAAAAAGAAAGGAUCUUGAAAUAAGAGACUAUAAAAGGAGGAAAAGAGACAUUCAAAAGCAACUCCAAGGAUUUGCUAAAAUGUAUGAUAUUAUCCAAAAGGAAAGGAAUAAAUGUAUACAUUUGGUGCAUGCUGGUCAGCACAAAGCAAGUGAAAUUAGAACCCAGAUAAAAUUGCUAGGAAAUGAAAUGGAAAAAUUAAGGAAUAUUGUUCUAACCAAGAAAAGAAAACUGCAGAAACUACAUCUGAAGAAUAAAAACAGUGCAGCAAUUACAGACAGUUUCAAAAGUGAUUGUUGCAAAAUUGUACAGACCAUUCAUGAGAUGAAAGAAAAGAAGCAGCAACGGUGUCUGGAGCUUGAGCAAUUUACCAACACAGUCACACACAUUGAAAAGGAAAUUGUGCAGCAAUGCAAACAGUAUGAAAGGGCUAUUCAGCAACGAAAAGACAGUGGUCUUCUGCUGAGAGAUCGAGAAGAAGAACUGUGCAUUUUAUAUGAAAAAAUAAACACACAAGAGCUGCUGUGUAGGAAUGGAGAUAUUGAGUUGCAAGCUAUGGAUGAAAGGAUCAGAUUGCUGAAGCUGAAGGUAGCUGAGAAAAAGAGACAGAUUAAAUUGUGGUUCAAAACACUCCCAGCGAAGAAUGCCUUGGAUGCACAGCUGGUGGUACUUCAGAUACAGUAUUCCCAGUGCAAGGACAGGAUUAAACAGAUGGAGGACAUCUUUGCUGACCCUGCAAAUGAGAGUAGAAGGCGAGACUUGAGAGGGAAGGACCCAUCUCCACCUGAGCUGCUAAAAAAGAUUGAGCAGCUAGAGGCAGAGCUGGUGCAGAAGGAGAAGGAGUUGCUGGAGAAAGAUAUUCUCUAUGAGCACAUUUCCAAGCUGACAGACAGAAUACGCACCGAGGCAGCAAAUGGGAAUCAGGAAGCAUUGCACUUGGCUAAAAGGAAAAAUGAACUGCAGAAGAAGAUAAAGGACCGAACACGGCAGGUGAUGGCUCUUGUUGCAGAGGUAUCCAUGAAGCAAGCACUUGCCACUAAACUCCAGCAGGAAAUGAGAGACAAAGAACAGUUUUUGAUGACUGUUUCAUCAAGGGUAGAUCAAGGCCUUCCCCCUCCUAAAGAAACAGAAAAUGAAUGGUUGAAGAUCUUACACAAUGAGAAGAUGCAGAAAGCAGCAGCUGAAAACAGAGUUAAGCACGCCGCAGAGGAGGAGCAAGCUGCAGCGCCUGGCUGCAUGCACACGACAGCUGUGCACCGCCCGACCGCCUACAUCCCCGAUGAUGAAUUCAGCCUCCCGCUGCCGCGCCCCUAUGGCGCUCUGGCUCCUUUCAAACCAAGCGAGCCUGGUUCAAAUACGAGAUAUAUCAGAAAACCUCUUGUGAAGCCCAUUGAAAUCUGAACAGACAACACCUGAAAGCAGGCAGGAGAGCCCAUUACCGGCUGCUGGAUCUGAAAGGUCAGUAGCAUUUAUGCUGCACUGAAACGAUGGCCCUUGGUGUUUAGCCAAAUGCCGUACGAGAAAAGAGAGCUGAUACCAGAGCACAGCUGAACAGUCAGUGACCCAAGUUCCCUUCUCCUGCCUGUGAGGUACCUGGUAUCCCAAACGCAGUGCAGUGCUUUAAAGUGUUAAGAAAAAUGAGAGGUCACCAUACUAAGCCUAUUUUGCUUCUAGGUUUUAUUGCAUUUCAAUAUCUUUUAUAAUACAAUUCCUUAGAAGAAAAAAGGCUAGAAAAAUCAUCUCUCCUUAAUAUAAUACAGAGUCCCCAGCAUUUACACAAAUACAUCCACCUAGCUUGCUGCACUCUGGACUGGAGUUUACACUUGCCAGACAAAUUUCAAUUAUAUUGAGAAAAAUAAUCCUGCCCUCUAUGCUGUUACUGAGAAAGUGAAGCUCUCCACUGAUGGUACCAACAAGGGAAUGACCACCAAGUUGCCAAGUCUCUCCUGGGAACUGAAUCUUUUUAUUUUACUGUUAAGGAACAGGGAACAGCUGUGGACACUGCUCUGAGAGAGUAUCAGGGGCUGUUGUUGAAACACCUUCAAAAUCUAUCACAGUGUCAGUGAGCUAUGACAGAGUUGUUUUAAUACUAGUGAGGACUACAGCAAUCCUACAUCAGAACUUCAGAUUCUCUCUGCAUAGCAAACCACUAUUUUAAAUUAAUGGGAUAGUUCAGAACAUUAAACCAAAAAAAAUGCAAAUAACAUUGGUUCAGUGAUAUAUAUAAAUAAAAGUUGAAAAUUAA